UGUGAAUGCGCAUCCGUGAGCAGAGUUUUCUGCGCGAUCUUUGAAGCAGAUUCAUUCUUUUGGUUUGAACUCAAACUUGGAGAGGAACUUCUCACACGCGCACGCGGCGCGUACCCACACGCACACUUUAAGGACCGUGGAAGCCAUGGAGGAGCGCAGCGAGGAGGAGAUCUGCAGCAUGCUGCCCAACCUGCUUCCUCUCAGCAGCGACAUCCGGACCCGCAUGGAGCAGUUUGUGCAGGACCGGUUGGAGGCCAACAUGUGGGUCUCUGUGCUGCUGGGCGCCGUGGCAACCGCCUCUGUUGUUGGAUUUGUCGUGCUGCUUCUCUACAGAAGAUACAAGCUGUCAAAGGAGGAGGCUGGUGCUCCACACUAUCGCUUCAGGAAGAGAGACAAGGUGAUGUUCUACGGACGAAAGAUCAUGAGGAAGGUUCAGACGCUGUCCACAGCUCCAGCUUCCAGGACCAGGAAGAGGACCAAAGUUCUGUCCAUCGCCCGCAAGAUCAUGCGGAUUAGGAAGGAGCCCCCCACCCUGCAGCCCAAAGAGCCUCCUCCUUGCCUGCUGGAAGCAGAUCUGACCGAGUUUGAUGUGCAGAACUCUCAUCUCCCAUCGGAGGUUCUGUACAUGCUGAAGAACGUCAGGGUGUUGGGACACUUUGAAAAGCCGCUCUUUCUGGAGCUGUGCCGCCACAUGUUGCUGAUCCAGCUGCACCAGGGAGAGGGGCUUUUUCGGCCCGGUGACACUGAUGACAGCAUCUACGUGGUCCAAGACGGGCGUCUGGAGCUGUGCAUCCACGAGAGUGAUGGGACGGAGGCCGUGGUGAAGGAGGUGUUACCAGGAGACAGUGUCCACAGUCUGCUCAGCAUCCUUGACAUCAUCACCGGCCACCCGGCGCCAUACAAAACAGUGUCUGCCAGGGCCGCCGUCCCCUCCACAGUGCUGCGCCUUCCUGCCGUGGCGUUCCAGGCCGUCUUUGAGAAAUACCCAGAGACUCUCGUUCGUGUCAUCCAGAUAAUAAUGGUGCGCCUCCAGAGAGUGACCUUCCUGGCCUUACACAACUACCUGGGCCUGACCAUUGAGCUCUUCAACCCGAAAAAUCGGGGCAGGAGGUGGUCCCUCUUCAACAAGGAAAGUUUAGCCAUCUCUUUGGCGAACGUGGCAAACGUCGUGGGAGAAGGUCACCCGCAUCCACUCAAAGCCGUCCGUCGGCAGCACUCUCACUCCGACGAGGCCGGCUCUGAGAAGUCUGACACAGAGAAGUCCAGCCAGUCAGACUCUUCUGUGUCAAAGUACAGGAAAUCCCGCUCGGUCUCCAACCCAGCCGUUCUAGCAAGUGAAAUAUAUGCAAACACCAACAAAGAACCUUUUCAGAUGCAUUCUAGAGACGAGGGCCUCUCUCAAAGUCCUGUGAAGUCUAUUCUGAAGAAGAGUGUGACAAUGCAGCCCGCCCCGUCUGCAGUUUACCAUUACAACGACACCGUAGCAGAAAUCCCCCCCCAUAACAGAGUUAACGCCAUUUUUCAAGCCGCCAAAAAGGACCUGCUGCAGGUCAUCCAACUGCAGGACCCCAGUCUGCUGGAAGGAAGGGUGACUCUGCGCCAGGUCAAAGCUGGAACUGUGGUGGCUCAACAAGGAGACCAGGAUGUGAGCGUGGAGUUUGUCAUCUCGGGGGUCCUGCAUGUCUAUCAGCGCAAGAUCGACCAGGAGGACGAGUGCCUGCUGUUCGUCACCCAUCCAGGAGAGAUGGUGGGUCACCUGGCAGUUCUGACCGGCGAGCCGCUCAUCUUUUCAGUGCGAGCGCAGAGAGAUUGCACCUUCCUGUCCAUAACGAAGACCCACUUUUACGAGAUAAUGCGGGAGGAGCCCAGGAUGGUGCUGAACGUGGCUCACACGGUGGUGAGGAGGAUGUCCCCGUUUGUCCGGCAGACCGACUUUGCUCUGGACUGGAUGGCUGUGGAGGCGGGCCGGGCUGUCUACAGACAAGGAGACAAUUCAGACAGCACCUUCAUCGUGCUCAGCGGCCGGCUGCGAUCCGUCAUCACAAAGGAUGAUGGGAAGAAGGAGCUGGUCGGGGAGUACGGGCGCGGAGAUCUGAUUGGCGUGGUGGAGGCGCUGACACACCUGGACCGAGCCACAACAGUCCACGCCGUCAGGGACUCGGAGCUUGCCAAGCUGCCACAGGGAACGCUGAACUGCAUCAAGAGGAGGUACCCCCAGGUGGUCACCAGGCUGAUCCACGUGCUGGGGGAGAAGAUCCUGGGUAACUUGCAGCAGGUCAACGGACAGCUGACAGGUCGCAGUCUGGCCCUGCACACCCCCAGCAGUAAGUGGGACAGUGGGAACCCAGACUCCAACCUGUCCACCGUUGCCAUCCUGCCCGUGUCUGAGGAGGUUCCCCUCACUGCCUUCACUCUGGAGCUGCAGCAUGCUCUCGGUGCCAUCGGCCCCACCUCCUUGCUGACCAGUGACAUCAUCAAACAGAGACUGGGCUCUGCUGCGCUGGACAGCGUCCAUGAGUAUCGUCUGUCCAGCUGGCUGGGCCAGCAGGAGGACAUCCAUCGCAUCGUCCUGUACCAGUCUGACUCCAGCCUCACUCCCUGGACCCAGCGCUGCAUCCGCCAGGCAGACUGCAUCAUCAUCGUUGGGCUGGGUGAGCAGGAGCCCACUCUUGGGGAGCUGGAGCGAAUGUUGGAGAGUAGCUCGGUCCGAGCUCAGAAGCAGCUGGUGUUGCUGCACAGGGAGGACGGCCCGCCCCCCAGCGGGACGGCCGAGUGGCUGAACAUGCGCAGCUGGAUCUCCAGACACCAUCACCUGUCCUGUCCUCGCAGAGUCUUCUCCAGGAGAAGUUUACCCAAACUGAUAGAGCUCUACCAGCGAGUGUUUGAGAAGUCUCCGGAUUGUCACUCCGACUUCUCGCGCCUCGCCAGGAUCCUGACAGGAAAUAGCAUCGCCUUGGUGCUCGGGGGAGGUGGGGCCAGGGGCUGCUCUCAGGUUGGGGUGGUGCGGGCGCUUAGGGAGGGGGGCAUUCCCAUUGACAUGGUGGGCGGCACCUCCAUCGGCGCCUUAAUGGGAGCUCUCUAUGCAGAGGAGAAGAGCAUCAGCCGAAUGAGGGUCCGGGCUCGAGAGUGGGCCAUGAACAUGACCUCACACUUCAAGAGGAUUCUGGACCUGACCUACCCCGUUACCUCCAUGUUUUCUGGAGCUGCCUUCAACUACAGCAUCAGCUCCGUCUUCAGUGACCGACAGAUAGAGGACCUGUGGUUACCAUACUUCAACAUCACCACCGACAUCACUGCUUCGUCCAUGAGGGUCCACACUGAUGGCUCGCUGUGGCGUUACGUUCGGGCCAGCAUGUCCCUGUCCGGGUAUUUGCCGCCGCUCUGUGACCCCAAAGAUGGUCACCUGCUCAUGGACGGGGGCUACAUCAACAAUCUUCCUGCUGACGUGGCUCGCUCCAUGGGGGCCAAGGUGGUGAUCGCCAUCGACGUUGGCAGCCGGAAUGAGACCAGCCUGACCAACUAUGGCGACUCCCUGAGCGGCUGGUGGCUGCUGUGGAAGAGGUUGAACCCCCUGGCUGAGAAAGUCAAGGUUCUGAACAUGGCAGAGAUCCAGACGCGGCUCGCCUACGUGUGCUGCGUUCGACAGCUGGAGCUGGUCAAAGACAGCGAGUACUGCGAGUACAUCCGGCCCCCCAUCGACCGAUACGGCACUCUGGAUUUUGGAAAGUUCGACGAGAUCGCGGACGUGGGGUACCAGCACGGGAAGACGCUGUUCGACGUGUGGCAGCGCAGCGGCGUGGUGAGCAGCAUGAUGAAAGACCGACAUCAGGAGGACUUCCAUAAGACCAAAGCCGGACAUGUGGUCACGUGUCCCAACGCCUCCUUCACGGAUCUGGCAGAAAUCGUGUCGAGGAUCGAGCCCGUGAAGAGCGCUGCCGUUAGUGAGGAGAUCUCUGACGAGUGCCAGACGGACUACGACGAAGAGGCCGUGGAGAGCGCUCUGUCUGACUUUGAGGCCUUCACCCCUGGCAGUGAGCACACAGAGGGGGACGACACGGCUGAGACUGAUGAAGAACUUCCAGCUCAGCACCAGCUCAGGAGCGCGCCUCAAAGAGCUCAUCUGUGAUUGUGAGCGCCGCUCUGAUGACUGCGCCCCCUGCAGGAGGGAAGCAGUGUCUUGGUCCCUGACCGAUCUCACUCCUGCUCUCAUGAAGGACCGAAUGAUUGCAGGAUGUCGGUAAAACUGGUCUGCAGAAACAUUCUGUCGGAGCUUCAGGAUCGGCUCUCGUCCACCACUGCCCUGCUGUCUCACGCUGACUGAAGAUGGAGGCAGUGGCGCCAAGCUUUACGGGUCUUCAGUGCAAAGCUGCUUCAGCGCUGAGCUCCCGUUUGCUUCGGCUUCACAUCUGCCAGCUGAGACUUCACCCAACUGCAAACCUCAUCCGAGCUUCAGCUUUUCUUUGAAGACACCCGAGCUCUGCUCCGACUGUAGAACAUGUAGCCUGUGUGUUGAACCGCACACGGAGGAAAACCUUUUCAUGAAAGCUCAUUUUGCUGCAGCGGCGUGGACUGACCGCCCAGGAGGAAGCUCCUGACCUUUAUGUGACCUUUAUGGCAGAUGCAUGCACAGACCCUGAGCGUGGCUCGCCACUGUAGGUUGACACUAACUCCUGUUUUGUAAAACAGAGGUUUUUUCUCAGUAUGUCCGUCCUAAAGAAAACUAAACAGAUUUGUUGUGA